CUCCCCUCCACUCUCAACUCUCUCAAUUCAAACAGAGGCAAAGUCCCUCAAAUGAAAAUGGGAGGCUCAGGUGACAUGGAAGAGAUCUGCCCUAAAUUGGGACCAUGGGGUGGCCUAGGCGGAACUGAGUGGAGUUACAAGCCUAAAGGUUCCAUUACAGAGAUAGUCAUUCUCCAUGGAUGGGUAAUCGAUUCCAUAUCCUUCAAAAGCGACAAUGGGAAUGGUUCUGCUGAGUAUUCCCAGAAAUAUGGUGGGGAAGGUGGCAAAACUGAUAAGGUUUUGCUGGACUUUCCAAGAGAGUACUUGACUUCCAUAAGCGGAACUUUUGAUUCUGCUUGGCCAUUCGGGCCGGUGGUCAUCAAAUCCCUUCAUUUCCACACAAACAGGACACGAUAUGGACCGUUUGGUCGAGAGACAGGACAACCUUUUUCUUUACCAAUGGAAGAUGGUGCCAUCGUUGGUUUUCAUGGACGAGCGAGUGGCUCUAUUGAUUCCAUAGGGGUCUACAUAGAGCCAUUUGCAGCAUUCUCGUCUCCAACCGAAGUCAGCAAUGUGAUGGAUCUCGUUCUGCCAAGGGAUCCAGGGCCGUGGGGAGGUACUGGUGGGAAAAUUUGGGAUGAUGGCAUCUUUUCUGGUGUCUAUGGAGUCAAUGUGCUGGUGCUGGGUGUCAUAGUCAGAGGAAUACAAAUAAUGUACCGGAAAAGAAAUGGGGAGAUUUAUUUGUCAAAAAGGCGCGGUGGUUUUGGUGGUAAAAGUCAUAGAAUCAUUCUGCAGAACCCAAGUGAGUACCUGGUGGGGAUUGCUGGAUUUGUUGGGAAGAUAGAGGAAAAGGAUGGGUUUGAAGUGUUGCGUUCCCUAACGUUUUAUACAAACAAGGGGAAACAUGGCCCUUUUGGGGACGAAAUUGGCAGAGAAUUCACUUCUGGUGCAAUGGGUAGCGGAAUAAUUGCUGGAUUUCAUGGGAAAAGUGGAGCCUAUUUAGAUGCCAUAGGACUUCAUAUGGAAUAUUUCUGAUUAGCCUGUUUAGCGUUUGUGUUGUUAUAGCUUGUUUGGAACUUGUAGUAUUAUUUUAAUGGGAAUAUUAGCGUGUUUUUAAUGCUUUGUUUGAGGACAUGAGUUGUAGAAUCAUGACAGAAUAAUUAGGCUCAAAAAAG